AGAGAGAGAGAGAGCCGCAUACGCGACCCAUGUCCCAAAUGCGUCUCUAUCUGUCUAUCAAUCACACACGAUCACACAAUGAUACCACGCCCCGUUCCAUAGUCCAACAUGGCCGCCAACAUCCCCGACCACUACCUCUGGCUCGGCCUAGGCGUCUUCACCUUCCUCGCCAUCCAGCACGUCGCCCAGGGUCUGCGCCACAUGCGCACGCUGACCGAAGUGCACCGUCCCGCGCCCCACCCACCAAGCACCCACGCCAGCCGCUCCUCAGACGCGAUCAAGACCGCCUCGUUGCUCACGCUCGCGCACAGCCACAACAUCGAGCUCAGCCUCAGCGCCACAACGCUGCUGUGCGAGCGCUUCUACGCCAGCCACUCCGCGCGGCAGCUGCUGCUGCGCGACCUGGGUAGCGCGAACGAGCGCGUCCGGCGCCGCGCCCGCCUGGCAUUUCGCGUCCUGCGCGACCACGGCGUGUUUGGGGGACGCGGGAUGGCGCAUGUGUUUCCAGGACUUGAGCCGCCGGACUGGGAGCAUGUCGACGUUCUGCCUGCGGUGCCGCGGGGCGGGCUGAGGGAAGCGGUGCAGCAGGAGGAGGAGGAGCGGGAUGCGCGGCGGCGGCGCGCGAUGUGUGGAUGCGGGAUCGCGCGGGCGUGGUGGGGUUGGAUGUGGAUGCGGAUUUGGAGCGCGGGGAGCUGGUAGUCGACGGGGUUGUGCGUUGAUGCUUGCUUCUAUUUCUCCGCGUAAAUGAUACCCGUGGCAUGAUGCUGGCGUUGGAAUUUCAGGUUGGUUUAUUGUAUAUGUACA